AGAGCGCAGGUCCGGCCAGGCCAAGCCACAUGCACUUUCUUCUGCUGCAGCCCCCACCGUUCUCGUGAACAGACCUAGUGCAGGCGCUGCCUUCCUCCCUGUCGCACCUCAACCCGCGCGCGCUCUCGAACCAACAUGGCACACACAGCCGAGGCGCGCAUCUGAGCAGCGCCGCAUUGCCGCCCCAGCGCCCCACCGAGAGCCCGCAGGCCUCAGCGCGCCCCGGCCUCCGCCCCUCCGCCUCGUGGCCGUGGCGAUCGCUACUGCGCGCUGGACUCCUGGGCACCCGCGACGUCCACACCCUCAGCCGCCAUGCCUGCGCUGCUGGUCAACACGGAUCUGCGGCCGGCUUCUUCGAGCGACGCCUCGUCGACCUCGGGAGCCUCGCAGCAGCGCUCCGAGUCGCCCACCUCAGACCGGCCGCCCGUCUCCCCCAUCACGCCCACCGCGACGGUUGCCCAGCUAGCUCCCAUCGAGCGCUCCGACUCCCGGCCCCGCAACGACCCCCCACCACGCCCUGCGCAUGCCUCUGCGCAUGCCUCUGCGCCCGCCUCUGCGCCUGCGCCUGCGCCUGCGACAUUCCGCCAGAAGCCGCCGUCGGUGCCCAUCUCAGAGAGCGAGAACCCCGACGCCAUCGCCCUGCGGUCGGCCAUCUCGCUGCUGCAGAUCCAGCGCGAGAAGAGCAAGCGCGACCUGAAGGCGCUGGAAGAGCUCAAGCAUGCCGCCGUGCAGGAUCCAGAGAGCUUCAUGCGCUCCCUGCAAGCGCAGCGCGCCCAGGCAGCAGGCGCGCACCACGACGUCCUCACGCCCACGCUUGCCGGGCUCGCCGACAUGGCCGAGAGCAGCGACGACACCACCGCCGGCCAGCAGUCGGGAGCUGCGCGCAAAGACUCUGUAAACGUAGACCACAAGACAACGCCCAAAUUCCCUGCGAUACCGCAGCCGCAGAACGUGGUGCGGUGCCCGCCGAUCGAGUGGGCAAAGUACCACAUCGUCGGCGAGCCCCUUAACAAGAUGCACGACGAGCAGAAGAAGUGGCCAGGCUCCGGCGAGCCUCCAAAGCUGGCAAAUGGGCACCGCGCUCCGCCGCACUCGAUCGCUGCGCCGUACUCGCCCUUCAAGGACGCAGUCGGCACCAAGUCCAAGUCACCCUCAACCGGGCCUUCGGGCAAGACAAAGAAGACGCCAUCGUAGACAUGGGCGCACCACGCUGCAAGCGUAUACCAUACUCACACCAAACAUCUAUACCACGCCACUCAAAAGCAUGAGGCACAGGAUGCCCGUUCACGACGACCAUUCCUUGUGGUCACUUAUGAUAGACGAGACCUUACGAUUAGACGAAGGCCCAAACAAUAGACAUUGAUACACGUAAUGUGCAUCUAGCAACCCUCUCUUCUCCAUUCGUUCGCUUGACGUGAG